AUGGCUGAAAAUGAUCGCACAACAGCACCGGCCCUUCCACCGAGACCAGCUUCAAGACAGAGUCAAAGUUAUCAAAAUUAUGGUAGGUUUCAUAUUAGGCUCAAAUAUUUGCAGGCAUUGAUGUGUUAGAAUUAUGAAGAUGUUGUAAUAUUUAAUGAUUUAUGUACCAGUAAAAGGCUUUAGAUCUUAUCACAUGCAUUUAUUUGUGUACAUUUAAUAAAUGGAUUAAACUUUUUCACCCCCCCCUCUCUAUCAUGGCAUUCUAUCGAGGCAACUCUUUCCCAGUUUUGAUGAUUUGCGUCUAAACAACAGUUGAAUCUUGUCGUAUGGACAACUCUCUAUCAGCGUCCACGUCAGAGAGGUUCGACUGUUCUUGAAAAAUGUCAAAACCACAUGACGCCUUUUGUCCCCUCCCCCUCCGGGACAGCAGAAAUGGCGCCUUGGAGGGAAGGACUUCUAAUGUUCAGUUCAAUCUAUUUUAUGACAGGAUAUGGCAACUAUGGUGGCUUUGGUGGUAGAUAUAUGGGACCUUAUUCUGGUAAAUAGAAUUUUAAACAUAAUUAUAUAUGUGGAUUCCAAUUAUGCAAUUACUAUACCCUUCGGGAAAGAACUUCAUUUCGCUAUAGAGGUUUGUUUUCAUGUAUGUAAGAUCAGUUAUAUCCAAGCCACUCAAUCACGAAAACAAGACUCUAUAUAGCAAAAGUGACGUACUAUAUAUGGGAUAGAAGAUUAAGUUUGACAGUUUGCUGGCAGUGUUUAUCUCAAUGAAAAUCUUUUUCAGGUGGAUACACAAAUGGAUAUGGGGGAUAUGGGGGAUAUGGAGGUUACAGUGGGUACAAUAACAUGUACAGUGGGUACGGAGCCAACAGAUACGGCAUGGGAUACAACAACGUACCUUCUAGUUCAUUUGUCGAGCAAGCCGAGCAAAAUUCACGUACUGCGUUUGACUCUGUACAUUCGAUUGUUCAAGCAUUUGGCUCAAUAGCCAUGAUGCUUGAAUCAACAUUUUUUGCCGUCCAUAGUUCAUUCAGAGCGGUCCUCGGAGUCGCUGAUCACUUUAGCCGUUUACGUGAGAAUCUUGUCCAGAUUGUUGGAGAAAAUUUUUUAAUCAAGUGGAUACAAAGUGUUUUCCGUAAAAUAAUGGUUCUGCUUGGUUUGCGGAGCUCGGCAAGCGUUGAAGAAGUUUGGAACCAAAUGAGAUCGAUGGCACAAGACACAUCUAAGCAACAACAAAGUCGCGUGUGGAAAUCUUGGCCGCUGUUGUUGUUUUUUGGUGUUGUGUUAGGAACACCAUGGUUGAUAUGGAGAUUUUUAUCGUCACUUGGCAAUGAGGACAUUCACAACUGGAAGACAGGUACAGCACACACGUAAAAACACACAAGUUGCAACAAACCUGCAGCAGACUUGUAGCAAUGCUGUUCCAACAACUUGUCAACAGGAUGUGCUCGUACUGCUUUGUACAGACAACUUGCUACAAGGUUGUUGAGCGCAACAAACUUGUAACAAGUUCCAAUAAACUUAACAAUUUGUCAACAAGUUGUGAGUGACAACCUUAUAGCAACUUGAUAACAGCAUUGUUACAACUUGUUGACAAGUUUGCUACAAGCCUGUUGCGAUCACAUCUUGUUGACAAGUUGUGAGAUAAUUACCUAGUGUACUUUAUUAUUUUAACUCCAGACAAUUGCUGGAGUUAAGCAAUGGAGUUAAGCACGACUCUGCCUAACUCCAGACAAUUUUACUUGUCAAUGGAAGAGUGCUGCCACUUUAAUGGGUUAAUCAGACUGGGUUAAUGGGUUAAUCUGCCCAUGCACCUUGUCAUAAAAUGACCAUGUCUCAUUCUACCUUCAGGAGAUGGCGAUCAUGUGCUUGGCGAAGUUUUGUAUGAUUUUGUUGCCGAAGGUGACGAUGAGCUGUCUAUAACUGCUGGAGAGUGUAUCAGGAUUGCACCAAAACAGAGACAGCCAAGAAUCAGGGGCUGGCUGCUCGCUACUGUUGAUGGAAGCAGCAAGGGAAUUGUCCCAGCCAAUUAUAUUAAGGUAAGCAGUCUACAUGAAAAGCAGUGACUGAGACACCUUAUCCGAUAUGGAAUGUACAACUUUCAGAAGCUGAGCGAAACAGCAUCUCUCCAUUGCAAUAAUUCCUCGGAAGAUAGAUAAAAAUUUUAUGGUUUGUGCCUGCCAAAUAUAAAAUUAUUAUGAUACAGCAAGGAAUUCAAACGAGAAGGUGGCUUGAUUAUGUGUACUAAGUGAAGCUGUGCUAAUCAUCCUUACUUGCAGCUGAGAGCUAAGCUGAAUUGCGAAGGAUGCAGCUCAACCUGAUCGAGUCGAAGGCUUUCUAAGGGCGCCCUUAUGUGACUCGUGUCUUUCAUGACUCUUUGUCAAAACUGACAUCAACGAUAGAGCGUUGACUGACUCUUCUCACAAAAAUAUCACUUAGUAUUAAACACUGAGUUGGUUCCCUCAAAUAUUUCUUUCAAAUUCUUCAAGAAUUUACCCUAUGCAAAAUUCCUACUGUGAUCACAGAAACUUUGAUACUGUAAACCAGGUUAUAAAAUAUACUUUGCUCAAUUUUUUAGAUUCUUGGUUUCAAGCGAGGAAGAAAAGUGAGGAACACGGCAGAAGAGACGUCGAGCAUUCCCUCGGCAGAACAAGAAAGUGAAAAUAUCGAGAAUCCUGCUGGCAGGGUUGUUGAUCUGGAUGACGUUUAUACAGAAACUGUGAGAGAGGAUUUUGAAACUCAACAACCUGAUUCAGAUGAAUUAACACUUGAGAAUGAGAGCACAUCUUCAGUCACAGAAGAAACAAACUCUCCAACUACUUCAAGAACUAUUCAGUGA